CGACUGCAGGAUAAUUUAUGUGACCGGUGUAAGGAAGCCCAUUCGCGCGGAAAGAAAACCAAACACGACGAGGUGGUAUUGAUAGGAGAGGCUAACCGCCAGGGCGACAAGCCUGUACCGGAGGUAUGUAAACUACACCCCGGUAAACUGUGUGACGUGUACUGUUGUGAUUGUGACAUACUGAUGUGUUUGAUGUGUUUUUCCCAGACACACAAACAACACAACUGGAAACAUUUUGAAGACGAAUUUCAAAUCAAAAAGCAACAUUUACAAGAACAUAUGACAGCAAUAUCUACUAGAAUUGCACACUUCAAGAACGUGACGUCGAAGCAUGGUCACAAAACAUUCAAAUGUAACAUUGAUACAAUGAGAAAAGACGUUAACACACAACGGGCAAUGAUGAAGUCAGAAAUAGAUUCUAUCGCGGAUGCAGUCCUGGCCGAGUUAUCGUCCCUGGAAAAGGAAGAAGCAGUAGUGCAUCAAAAAGAUUGUCAAGAGUUGGAGAAAAAUGUCAGAGAGUUGACAAGUCUGCUUGAAAAAGCGGAAAUGACGGAUACAACGAGUACAUUUGAAAUGGAAAGGUCAUUGAGGACGACUCUACCAUUGUAUGAUGUUAAUGUGAAGGAUGUUCUACCGAAACUACCAAGCUUUGUUACCGGAAGUAUCGACCGCGUCCUGUUGACGAAAAUGUUAGGUGAAUUACAUCACGGGAACCAGUACGAGAAGACAGACAUCGACAGUAAACACGUUCAACGUCUCUCUAAGUUUACUGUUACUCAACAAAAUCAAAAUCAAAUAAUGUGUAUAUGUACCGUCGACGACAGCCACGCGUGGUUAUCAAUAUACCACCACCAGGGUCUGGUACUGGUCAACAGGGAGGGUGUGGUCAUAGAGACAGUAAAACUGGACUUCUGUCCGUACAUGAUCACCAUGGUCGGGACAACAGACAUACUUAUGACCAGUAAUGAACCUAGAACAUUUGUAUAUAAACUAUCACUACACAACAAAGAAGUGACAACAUUUGCUGACAUCAGACCACAUAAAGCACGUGAUAUCAGUAUCAACGAGAGAGGCGAGGUGUUUGUUAGUACAGCUUCACCAGACAUAGUGGUACUGAAUCAGUCAGGUACGAUUGUGAGGAAAAUGGCGUGUGGAAUGAAUGGGCGGUGUAUUACAUGUUUGUCGUCAGGAUACAUUGCAGUGUCGGACUUAAGUAAUGUAUCAAUCGUAACUGACAGUUCUGGUAAAACCAAAUAUAAAUGGACUGGUGAACUCAACAACGGUCAACAGGUUGGUAGUAGGGACCUCUGUAAGAUGUCAUGUGACAAGUACGACAGACUGUUUGUACCAGACUACACUAACAACCAGGUGCAUGUCCUACCGAGAGAUAGUACACAGGCCACGUGUCUCCUGGACCAGAAACAUGGAGUGAUAAGCCCUACAGCGGUGGCUGUAGACACGUGUGGGAACGUGUGGAUCGGGUGUGAGGACGGUACCGUACACGUGAUGCGACUGUAGAGUUAGACAAGUAUAUUGUGACAUACAGAAAUCUGUGGUAAUGAUAGAACAUAUCGCCUGGUAAAAAUGUGUUUAGAGAUAAUCCCUUAAUGUUCUACCUGUACUACAUAUAUAGAUAUAUAGAAUUGAAUGGAUCAGUCAUUGAUAUGUGGUGUAAAUUUGACGUUGACGUUAUUUAAGGAAUGAUUUUUAUUUUUUCAACAUUUAUGAGGUCAUAACAACAAUGGGUUUAUGGACAUAUUGAAUG